CGAGGUCCCACCUGGAGGCGGCGACAACCUGAUGUCCUCCAGGUCUUUGUCCUCACGGAGGUUCUAAAGGAGGGGUGGUGGCACCAGGAGGUGGCAACCAUGGCUUCGUUCCUGCGCCCGUUGGUGGCCCUGGUGGCCCUGGUGGCCGCGGUCCGGGGUUGGGGCAAAGAUGUCUCCACCGCAGUCAUCUCGGUGGAGAACGGGGGACCGUGGGGAGAGUGGGGGGAGCCCGAGUUCUGCCCCAAAGGCCUCUACGCCGUCGGCUUCCAGCUCAAGGUUCAGCCCCCUCAGGGGUUCUUUGGGGACGACACCGCCCUCAACGCGGUGCGGCUGCUCUGCGCCAACGGGGCGGUGGCCACGGCCGGAGAGGGACCCCGAGGAACCUGGUCCUCCCCGCUGAGCUGCAACCGUGGCCACCUGACGGCCUUCCGCCUGCGCGUGGAGGCAUCUCGAGGGCUUUGGGACGACACGGCGGCCAACAACGUGGACAUGGCCUGCUCGGACGGGCGGGUGCUGGAGGGCCAGGGGGGUCGGGCGGGGACCUGGGGCAACUGGAGCUCCUCCUGCCCCCACGGUGGGGGCAUCUGCGGGCUGAGGACCCGCCUGGAGGCCCCUCAGCGUGGUGGAGACGACACCGCCCUCAACAGCGUGGAUAUGUUCUGCUGCCCCUGAGGGCCACGGGGGCACCGCGGGGGCAUCAUGGCCUCCCUUGGACCCUCUGGCCCUCCCGGUGGCCACCACGAACCCCACUGACCCCAACGUCCCCCUGAUGUCCAUCAUGACCCCAACGUCCCCCUGAUGUCCACCAUUAACCCCACUGAGCCCAACCUCCCCCUGAUGUCCCCCAUGACCCCAUUGACCCCAAAGUCCCCCUGAUGUCCCCCAUGACCCCAUUGACCCCAACGCCCCUUCAUUAAAC